AUGAGCACUUUCUCAUCUUAUAGAACUGAAAGCAGUGAAGGGGAAGAGGGUCAUGCCAAAGAAAAUGCAGAAAAUCACCCUGUAAGUGGAAACCUUAAGUUCCUUAAUAGAGCAGUGAUCAACAAGCCUGCCCACCCACUUCUUGAUUGCUCUGUUAGCCAAGUAGAAGAUGUGAAGACAGUACUUAAGAUCCUUCCGAUCUUCAUGUCUACCAUUAUGCUCAACUGCUGCCUUGCUCAGCUAUCCACUUUUUCUGUCCAACAAGCAGCCACCACGAACACUAAAAUUGGCUCCUUAACAGUUCCACCAGCUUCUCUUCCUGUAUUUCCUGUUCUGUUCAUUAUGAUACUCGCACCAGUCUACAACCAUAUCAUCAUCCCAUUCACCCGAAAGGUAACACGAACCAAAAUGGGUAUCACCCACUUACAGCGAAUUGGAGUAGGGCUUGUUCUAUCCGUUGUGGCCAUGGUUGUUGCAGCUCUAGUGAAAAUGAAGAGAAAGAGAGUGGCAGCCCAGUCAGGCCUAAUGAAUUCCACCAAACCACUGCCCAUCACAUUCCUUUGGGUGGCUUUGCAAUACGUGUUCCUUGGAUCAGCUGAUCUUUUCAGUUUGGCUGGCAUGAUGGAAUUCUUCUUCACAGAGGCCCCUUUCACCAUGAGAUCUUUGGCCACAGCUCUCUCCUGGGCCUCGUUGGCCAUGGGGUACUAUCUCAGCUCAGUGCUCGUAUCAAUGGUCAACAGAAUCACUGGUACCUUUAGGCAUACCCCAUGGCUCUAUGACGACAACUUGAAUCACUGUCACCUUGAAAGGUUUUACUGGCUAUUGUGCAUAUUAAGUGGACUGAAUUUCUUACAUUAUCUCAUUUGGGCCAACAACUACAAGUACAAAUCAACAAGACCUUACGAUCAAAAGGGAGUUCAAAUAGCAAAUAAGUCCUCAGAGGUCUAA